CCCACAUAGCUUGGGCACACACUUUGGAGGGGUCUGCCGGACUUAUACAUACAACUUUUUACGCUUGCGCUUGCGAGAAUAUUCCAACAUCCUCAGACGAGUUAUAAGCUUUUUUUUUUUCUGUUUCUUUUUUUUUUCUUAAACCCUAACGGUUUUUAAGCCCCCGCCCCAACUUCAUCUUUUAGAACAGUACAAUCUCUAAAUAAACAUCAUAUCGAUCGGUAUUACUACUCUACUAGAGAUCGCCUCGAUUAGUUCGAUCGAUCGCAACCGAGAAACGCGGGACGGGAACUAAGCCUGGAACGAAAACGCGCGCCGACGAUCAUCAGACAUCUUACAGAAACCACCCUUUCCAAAAUCUUGAUUCGAGGUUCAAACAGGCGUAGCACCUUGUACCCGCCACGCUGAUCUGUAGCUAGCCUCCUACUCGCUAGGUUAUCUACAAGGCGUCAAGGACGAUACAAGGCGUACGAGGAAGAUCUGUAGACAACUAAGCAAUGACGUGCCCUUGAUCAGAAGUGCGGUUCAGCCCCCACCCAACCGUUAUCGAGCGUCCCCUACGGCCCUACGGGACCCCAUAUCGAUUCCCGUAUAGAAGAGCCCCAACGGGUGUUUGCGUGAUGGACGAGUCUGAGGAAGAGGUCGAUCCUCGCAUCGAGUCGCUUCUCCAACAGCGCCAAUCAUUGACUAACGACCUGCUGGAGAAUCCAUACGACCUAAUCCUGUACAUACAGCGCGCAUUGGUCUAUUCCGACUUGGCUUAUCCUGACUUAGCGGCUGGCGACGCUUACCGUGCUCUGUUAUUAACCGACGAAGUUCGCGAUGAGAGUUUCGAAUACCAUACUCAGGCCUUCGAGGGAUUGACAGGUUACGCCCAAGGUCCCUUUCUAGAGGUAUUAGACCAUGGCUCUCUAUCGGGAACCCAGUCUCGUUUGCCUCUGUUAGAUAACGGCGAAAAGGACAUUCCUGCGUUCGCUUGGCUAGCGUCUAUUCGCUGUUAUCAAAUACUGUCCUUGAAUCUUCUACUAUGCGGUUGUCUAAGGAGUGCUUACAACUUCUGUGAGCGCGGUCUUGCCAGAUCGCCCAACAACCAGGAGCUCCUAAAUACGCGGAGCUACAUACAGACUGUCAGCGAGCGUAGAAUACGCAAGCCGGUCUCUACCGCGAAUGAUCUUCCAGAUUGGGGCAUGGUGCGUAGGGAAGUGUAUCCUUGGAAUGGCUAUGAACCAGACCGGUUUUCAGACGAAUCCCUGUCCGUCCUCAACGCCGGGUUGACCGAGAUAGCACCCAAAUGUACUGUCCAAGUUGCAAAGCUACCUAUAUUGCUCGGGUGUGCGAGCCGCACAGAUGGGUACGAUAUAAUUCCAACCUGUAACCAACUCGGCGUGUUUGCCAAGGAAUACAUCGCGCCCGGAGAAGACGUACUCGUGGAGUAUUCCUUGGUCACGGCCAAUAAUCGCCUAAAGGAGUCUGUCUGUGAUGCUUGCUGUGGGGAGCUCCCACCUUUAGGUAGCGAUUCGACUGCUGUCAACUGUCCAGAAUGCUAUGAUACUGUGUUUUGUACCCAGUAUUGUUUUGACCAGGCCCAGAAGCUCUACCACCCUGCUGUUUGCGACAAGGAUACGGAUUCGAUCGCCAGGGAUCCAGAUGCUAAAGACGCCGAUGCAACUUUGCAUCUUUUGCUGCUCGCGCGUGUUUUAGCCAUGGCAGCUCACCAAGGAAUACACCCACUUGACGUCAACCAAAUCAAAUAUAUAUGGGGGGACUUCAUCUCCUCCCAGACCAAUGAGAUUGAUUUAUCGCCCAAGGCCGGCCCACCGCCGGAUUGGACGCUUCCGUUCUCCUUUACUUAUAACAUCGAGACGCCUCUCCACAUUCUUGAGAAAAUGGAUAUCGACAUCUACGCCACCAUUGCUGAUUAUGAUAUAUGGGUAUUUAAUACCUUAUACAGUAAAUUUCGUGGCACUGCUUCAGCUCGAAAGAACCCAAGAGAUGGGCGACCCGACGUUGCCGCCGUGCACCCUUACUGGUGCCUUGCCAACCAUGACUGCAACCCAAAUGUUACGUGGGAAUGGGGCGGUCGGAUGGUACUAAAGGCGCGGGAGACGCGGGUUGUCGGGAAUGCGCCAGGAGGUAUAGAAGCCGGAGAGGAGAUUCUCAAUCACUACUGUGAUGUAGAUCUACCUGUGAAAGAACGUAGGGAGUGGGCGAGUGGUAGUCUCGGUGGCUGGUGCAUGUGCGCUAGAUGUCGCGACGAAGCUUCUAACUCCCAGAACAACUCCCCUGGAUAACUGCUCGAGACACUUCUUGGAUCCCCUCUAGCCAUCUCUCGGGCAACACGUACACUACGGCAAUAGGUCUGGUUCUUUCAUGAUUAUACACGUGUCAUGACUGCCGACUCGGAGAUUCUCAUCAAUCCGCUUCUAAUUGCUCUGCUUCCCUGAAUAAUUAUACCUCUUAUCUCGCACCCCAAGUUUCCAUCACGGCCAACAAUCGGAUAGGAGGACAGACGGCGGAGAUGAUGGAGAUUGGACAGGUUAACCUGCAUCGCUGCUCUAAAAUAGGACCGGUGCCCGUGGCAUGCCUAUGCGUGCUUUCUAUGCUUACAGGACGUUAUAGCGCAGCAUUUCGAAGUCGGAUGUGAAAUGAGGAUCCCCGCGGACGCCAUCUCUUUUUCGAAUCUGUCGCUUCCUUUUUUUUUUUUUUUUUUUUUUUUUU